AAUCAGGGCAAAAGUCAAAUCAAAUUUUGAAAACAUGGCGUCCACUUUACUGUGUCGGGUGUCAUCAAUAUUUAAAACUGAUUUAACCUUGCCGUUGAAGAGUCUUGUCUACAGACGGUUGUUCAGCAGUGGGACCAGGGCAUUGAGUGAGACUGGACCCCCCCAGGCUAAAUUCUUUCCUGCAAAUGAGGGAUCAAUGCUGCUCCCUGGGACUUACAAAGGCAAAGUGGCCUUUAUCACAGGAGGAGGAACGGGGUUGGGAAAAGGCAUGACCACAACACUGUCAGCACUAGGGGCAGAGUGUGUCAUCGCUAGCAGAAAACUGGAUGUUUUGAAAAAGACUGCAGAGGAAAUUACAGGUCAGACAGGAAAUAAGGUCCAUGCUGUGCAGUGUGAUGUUAGAGACCCCAAGUCAAUUGAAGCUGCUGUGGACCAACUGGUAGAGGUUGCUGGUCUCCCUGAUGUGGUGAUCAACAACGCUGCAGGGAACUUCAUCUCCCCGUCAGAGAAGCUGUCUGCCAACGCAUGGAGGACUAUCACAGACAUCGUCCUGAAUGGCACGGCCUUCGUCACCCUGGAACUGGGCAAAAGGCUGAUACUGGCCGAGAAGGGUGCUGCGUUUCUGGCUAUCACCACCAUAUACGCAGAGACCGGCUCUGGAUUUGUGGUUCCCAGCGCGGCUGCCAAGUCAGGAGUGGAAACUCUGUGCACGUCUCUGGCUGCGGAGUGGGGGAGGUACGGCUUGAGGUUUAAUGUCAUCCAGCCAGGACCAAUCAGAACCAAGGGGGCCUUCAGUCGUCUCGAUCCCACAGGCAUGUUUGAGAAGGCCAUGAUCGGUAGGAUACCCGUGGGCAGGCUGGGCACGCCCGGAGAGAUUGCCAACCUGGCAGCCUACCUGUGCAGUGACUAUGCCAGCUGGGUGUCUGGAGCGAUCAUUCGAAUGGACGGUGGAGAGUAUGUCUCCAUGGCAGGAGAAUUCAAUGAUCUGAGGAGGGUCACUAAGGAGCAGUGGGCUAUGAUGGAGACCAUGAUCAGGGGUACCAAGGGAUCCUAAGAAGUCAAGAUGGGGACAUACACUUCCCGGAGCAGCAGGUAGCCUAGUGAUUAGAGCGUUGGACUAAUAACUGAAAGGUUGCAAGAUUGAAUACCCGAGCUGACAAGUUAAAAAUCUGUCGUUCUACACCUGAACAAGGCAGUUAACCCACUGUUCCUAGGCCGUCAUUGAAAAUAUGAAUUUGUUCUUAGCUGACUUGCCUAGUUAAUUAAAGAUAAUUUAAAAAAAUGUUUUACUAACUCUCUACCACUGUUAAUGCUCCAGGGAAACACAGACACGCAGAUACAGUAGGGCAGCAUUUGAAGAGAAAAUGGCUUCAUCAGGAGGCCAACUAUUUAGAGCAGGUUUGAGAGAGAGAACUUUAUAAUCUUUUUGUUCUCACUCUGUCUGAGAUUCUACUGGCUACAGCACUUCCUGGAUGAAACUGACUUCUCGUUGGUUGAAAAAACGUUCCUACAAUUGACUUGGUAUUUUGCCAGUAACAUUUAUCAUUUGUUUUUACAAUGAUGCCUUGAAAAGAAUGAAUUCUGUUCUUUUAAAAAAACAUGUUUCAAUGGACUAUCUAAGUUGACGUCCAGUAAUGCUAUUCAUUGCUGUUAAAUGAUUGUCUUGUGCUCUGUGUGUACAAUACGUGAGCUUUACAUGGAUUUGUCUGUAUGGAGUAUGUUGAAUAAAAGACAGUAGACAUUU